AUGUACCACACCUAUCCGCCCCACAGGGCCGGCAAGCACCACAGCAAACACCUCGCCAAGGAGAAGCGCCACCACCACCUACACCACCACCACCAUCACACCCUCCUGCACCACAAGAGCCGCACGACGGAGCUGUCGCAAAACUUGCAGCAACUAUCGGAACGCGCCAGAUCUACGACCGAGUUCAUUCAGAGGCUCAAAAAAAUGACCGACAAAGUGCACGAGGAGUGCAUCGCUCUGGAGGACGAGGUAGAGGAACGCAUAAACAGCCUGAUAGCGAUGCUGCAGAGUCGCAAGGCCCGGCUGAUCGAGGCGGCCCGGCAGACGCGCGAGGCCCGAGUGCGACUACUUCGGGACCAGGUGUCGCGGUGCGCCGGCCACCUGCAGACCACCACGGGCCUCCUGACCUUCUGCAUCGAGGCGCUCAAGGAGACGGACAGCGCCGCCUUCCUCCAGAUCGGGGGUAUGCUCUCGAUGCGCGCCGCCGCGGUGGCUGGCUCCUGGGGCGGCGUCGAGGGCGCCCAGGAGGUCGCCAGGCUGCCCUUGCUCGACCUCACGCUCGACGACAAGCCCGUCAGACGAGCCAUCGACCAGCUCACCUUUGUCCAGAUGAAGCCACCGAGCCCGCCAAUCCUAAUACCGGAGGAGUGUAGCGCCGAGAACAAUAGCGUGACCGUUGCGUGGCAAGCUCCCCAAGCCUGCAGUGGUCAACGGGGACCUGCCAUCGAGGGCUACCUUCUCGAGCUCGACGACGGCUGUGGCGGUGAAUUUCGGGAGGUUUACUGCGGCCGCGAGACUAUCUGCACGGUAGAUGGGCUGCACUUCAACUCGCUGUACAACGCACGGGUGAGGGCAUUCAAUAGCGCCGGCGAAGGUGAAUACUCGGAGCUGAUAGGCUUGCAGACCGCCGAAGUGGCGUGGUUCUCGUGGUCGUUGACCGCCCCAGGCUUGCCACAAGAGAUCUCCAUGUCGGCCGACAUGAUGAGCGUCUCGUGCGAGGGCUACGAGCACCGGGUCAUCCUGUCGACGGUCGGUUUCUCGAGGGGCAUCCACUACUGGGAGCUGGAGAUCGGGCGUUACCACAGCGACACCGAUCCGGCCUUUGGAAUCGCACGUGCCGACGUCUCGCGCGACCAGAUGCUCGGUAAGGACGAGCGUGGUUGGAGCAUGUACAUAGACCGGCAGCGCUCGUGGUUCAUGCACGGCGGCAUGCACGCCCAGCGCACCGAGGGUGGCGUCCAGGCGGGCUCGACCGUGGGGGUGCUCCUUGACCUCGAGCACAGCCACACCUUGCGCUUCUUCGUCAACGACCAGCCCCAGGGGGGCAUAGCUUUUCGCGACCUCUACGGGGUCUUUUACCCGGCCAUCAGUCUCAACCGGGGGGUCAGCGUGACGUUACACACGGCCCUCGAUGUCCCCCGCCACCUGCUCGUACAGGGUCUCGAUCCCCAGCUCGACGAGCAGCCCUACGUUUGCGGCAACGACGCCCUCCUCCAGAGCUAGGGGUACCUGCUCGUCCUUAGGAGGGGCCUACUGUUGCAACAGCAGGAGCUGCUGACGCCGCACUUUAAUUUUUCCCAACAACAGCAGAGCCACGAACGAUUCAACGAGCUGGCCCAGGUGCAGACACUCGAGAGAAUCGUCGAGGAGAGCGUGGCCGACGUCUGUGCCUAGGUGUACGUACACCCGCGCUUCGAAACAAUGCCGCUAUUAUCACUACUACUACUAAUAUUGAU